AUGUCACAGAAUAGAUGUGAUGGACGCGAGCAGGCUAAGGGGAUUCCUGGGUUCAGGGUGCAGCAACCACGUCCACAUGGGAUGAAACUUCCGCUGCCGUCUACUCAAAUGAACUCUUCUUCAAAGAUGGGGCUUCAACCGGUGCAGCAGACACGUCCACAUGGGAUGAAAAUCCCACCGCCGCCAGCUCAAGUGAACUCCUCCUCAAGAAUGUCUCAAGGCAAGUGGAAAAAUAGCCCAAGGCCACAAAGGAGAAAUCAGAGUCAGACUAGUUGGGCCUCUACUGAGCAUAUGAGGAAUCAGAAUAAUUGGGCCUCUCCUGAGCCUCGGAUGCAAGCAAUAUUUUUGGGCUCAGGCCCAAAAUCUUCUGGAACUGGAGUUUUUAUUCCCCAAACCCAUGUCGUUGUCCGCCAAUUUAACAAGAGGCCAGCUUUCUCUCCAGUUUUGCUCCCUACACGAGUUGUUCGAGUCCUAAACCUCAACGUUCAUCAUGAGAAUGGGCAGUCUAUUAAGCCUCAAUCAGGACAAGGCAAGAAUGCUGCAAAAAAAGAUGAGCAAAAGCUGGAAAAGAACAAGAAGAAGGAGAAUGGCAUUUAUAUCUCGCCAGACAUAUUUUUGCCUGAAGAGUGGACUUACUGA